AUGAAUUCAGACCCUGUGCCUUCGUCGUCACCGGCAUUUGGUACUCCUGCUCAUCCCAUGAGGUCAAACAAGCUUACCUCGAUUGCGACCAGAACAUCCAUACUCCCGAUUCUACUUCCCGCUGCCACACUCCGACCUGUCGCGUUCCGUACUUUUACCAGAAAACACAACUUAACACUGUCGUCCUCUUCCCUCCAAUCUUUAGCGGCAUUUGUUGGUAAGCACUGCGGCUCAGGAUGGCGCGAAGAAGGUCUUGCGGAACGCGUGCUCGAUGAGGUUGCAAAGAGUUGGAGAAAGUCCGGGGGCGGCGUUAUCGUCGAGGAAGGCAAGGGGGCUUCACUAAAAGCCAUCCUCGAGACAAUGGAAGGAAAUAUGAGCGGCGGUAGAGUGAUCAGUUCGAAAAGCGCGCCAAAAGAAGGAUCACCACGAAGCGCAAGCGUUGGCGGGAUUCACAGCUUACAGCCCUCCACUUCAACAAUAACAACGACUGCUGAUAAAGCACCGAGUGAGUCGGAUGACCCGGUGGUCCACCCCCGGCAUUGGAUCAAAAUCACCGGUGCGUUUGAUACACCGAGGCUCUCCUACAAUGCAGAGAAGAAGCAUUUUGAAGUUGCGAAAACAAAGCCCUCUUUGUUUCCACAGCCCUCUCGCAAGACAGCGUUAUUCCGAGACCGUUAUAACAUUGUACAUCAGCGCCUACUGCGAAACGAGUCGUUCCAGGUUUCGCUAGCUGCUUCCACUCUGCAGCGGCCCUCGUCCUCGUUUGCCAAAACCCAGUGUUAUCGGCUUACUCCUGUUGCGAACCUGCUUGGUAGAAGCGGUACAUCCCAUCUGCUAAUUGGUCUACUGUCUAUGUCCCCUACCGGCGAACUGUCUCUUACGGACUUGACGGGCAGUAUUGUUUUGGACCUGAGUCAUGCUCAUCUCAUUCCGGAGAGUGGCGCCUGGCUCACGCCGGGUAUGUUUGUACUCGUCGAUGGUAUCUACGAGGAGGAAGAAAAUAUCAGGGGCUCUACGUUAGGCGGAAAUAGCGGCAUCGGAGGCGCGAUAGGAGGCAAAUUUGUCGGAGUCACCAUUUGUGGUCCGCCUUGUGAACGACGAGACACUUCGCUUGGAAUGAAUAUUCAUGAGAAAAGCCAACACAUCAGCUCUAGCGGCGGAUUUGGCUGGGUAGACUUCCUCGGUGUAGGAAGUGAGCGCGCUCAAGGUUCCCGUAUGAGACAAAUCCAGACACGGUGUCUGCAAGAGGCCCACGAUGGGGUUACGUUAAAUCGUCGCUUCAAGAUUGUCAUCAUGGGGGAAGUCAAUCUUGACAAUAUGAAGACCAUGGAUGCCUUGAGGAAAGUCUUUAGUCUAUACAAUGACGCAGUCUUGCAAGAACGCCCUGUGCUAUUUGUUCUUGCUGGAAACUUUGUUCAGAAAGCAAUAAUCAAUGGCGGGGACCACAGCGGGAGCAUCGAGUACAAGGAAUGUUUCGACAUGCUUGCAUUAGUAUUGUCCGACUUUCCCUCGUUGCUACAGCGGUCUACGUUUGUCUUUGUGCCAGGUGACAAUGAUCCCUGGUCUUCGAGCUUCUCAGCAGGUGCGUCCUCUGCGAUACCGCGGCAUGCAGUUCCGGAUCUGUUCACUUCCAGAGUGAAACGUGCGUUUGCAACAGCAAAUUCUCAGCUGGACCGAAAUCAAGUGUCAGAGCCUCCUGGAGAGGCUGUUUGGACCACCAACCCAUCGCGCAUCUCUCUGUUUGGCCCUGUUCAUGACAUUGCAAUUCUUCGCGAUGAUAUUUCGGGCCGUCUUAGACGAAAUGCCAUGACUGUCGGCCAUAAUGCUACUGAUAUUGAAGACAGUUCGAGCAGCGCCAUCAACGAUGUCAACGAUGGAGAUCAAAUUCAUGUUCAAGACCAUCAAGGGGCUGAUAAUACUAAUCAAACCCCUGCCGCUAUACUCUCGGCCCGGAAACUUGUCAAAUCCGUACUGGACCAAGGCACUAUGUCUCCUUUCCCUCAGUCUUUGCGCCCUGUCUUAUGGGACUAUGCGUCAUCCCUACAGCUGUAUCCACUACCGACUGCAUUCAUUCUGGCAGAUUCCGAGACUGUGCCGUUCUGCUUAACAUAUGAAGGGUGUCAUGUUAUGAAUCCUGCAAGGUUUCUACCCGAAAGUGACUUAUCGACCGUGACUUGGAUCGAGUACGAUGUGCUGAAGAAUAGAGGUCGGGUGAAAGAAGACCGUUUCUAG